AUGACGGUGUUCCCCCCUGCUCGGCACGACGCCCUGGAGUUGGAGGAGCUCUUCACUCCCGAGGAGAAGGCGAUCAAGGCUCGCGUGCGAGCAUUUGCGGAGCAACACGCCGCCCCCAUCAUCAACAAGUACUGGGAGAAGGCGGAGUUCCCGCACGAGCUGCGCUCCAAGUUCGGCGAGCUGGGCAUCGGCGGCGCGCACAUCAAGAGCCACGGCUGCCAGGGGCUGACCACCAUGGGCGCCGCGGCGGCCAUCGUCGAGCUGGGCCGCGUGGACGGGUCGCUGUCCACCUUCUUCCUGGUGCACAGUUACCUGGGCGUCAUGACGCUGGGCCUGCUAGGCAGCGAGGCCCAGAAGGCCGAGCUCCUGCCGGGCCUCUCCAACUUCUCCAAGGUCGCCGCCUGGGCGCUGACCGAGCCGAGCAACGGGUCUGACGCCUCGGCGCUGACCACCACCGCGCGCAAGGUCCCGGGCGGCUGGAUCCUGGACGGCCGCAAGCGGUGGAUCGGCAACGCCACCUUUGCCGAUGUGGUCAUUGUGUGGGCGCGCAGCAGCGAGACGGGGCAGGUGAACGCCUUCAUCGUGCGCAAGGGCAACCCCGGCUUCCGCGCCACCAAGAUCGAGCACAAGAUCUCGCUUCGCUGCGUGCAGAACGCCGACAUCCACCUGACGGGGGCCUUUGUCCCCGACGCCGACCGCCUGCCGGGCGUGGAGUCCUUUGCCGACGCGGCGGGCAUGCUAGCCAUGUCGCGCUGCAUGGUGGCCUGGCAGCCGGUGGGCCUGGUGACCGGUGUGUACGACAUGGUGUUGCGCUACACGAGCCAGCGCCGCCAGUUUGGCGCGCCGCUGGCCUCCUUCCACUUGGUCCAGGAGCGGCUGGCGCGCAUGCAGGCCACCAUCCAGGCCAUGUACCUCAUGUGCCACCGCCUGAGCCAGCUUUACGACGCGGGGCGCAUGAGCCACGAGCAGGCCAGCCUGGUCAAGGCCUGGACCACCGCGCGCGCGCGCGAGGUGGUGGCGCUGGGCCGCGAGUGCCUGGGCGGCAACGGCAUCGUCGCCGACUUCCUGGUGGCCAAGGCCUUUGUGGACGCGGAGGCGUACUACACCUACGAGGGCACCUACGACGUCAACGUCCUCGUGGCCGCGCGAGGACAGACCGGGUACGCCGCCUUCAAGACCGCUGGCAGGGCCAACAAGGCGCCGCCCCCAACACACUAG